AUGGCAAUGAUGCAACAAAUUGCAGCAGUGGUUGUAAAACCAUCACGCCCAGCUUAUGAGAACGUAGAGCAUGUCAAUGCUAUAUCCUCAACUCAGCCAUACGGUAUUUACUCCAACACUUAUGAGCAAGUUGCAAGUACAAUUUCUGUUUACAACCAUCCGAGUGAGUUCCAACAACAAGUGCAACAACCGCAACAAGCCCAAAAUCAAGAAUUGGCAAAGAUGGUUACUUUGGUGGAGGCUCUAAUUGGUACACAACUUGUGCAACCUGAAAUUACUGAUUCGGGUGAAGAAGAAACCCCAAAGGAACCAGUUUUGGAGGAAAAGGAUGUUGAUUUCCCUCAAAUUCCCGAGGUAACUAAAUCCAACUCUAAACCUCUUGUUUCUACUUACGUUCCUCCUUUACCUUUUCCUGGCAGGUUCGUUAAAUCUAAUAGGAAGGUGGAACAAGAUAGAGAUGUUUGGGAUGUUUUUAAGAAGGUCCAAGUCAAUAUUCCACUCAUUGAAGUAAUUCAGCAAUCUCCUCGCUAUGCAAAGUGUGUAAAGGAAUUGGGCACUAAAAAGCUAACCGGUAAUGCGGUAACGAGUGUGGAGGAAAACGCUUUGGCGUAUCUUAAAAAGAAACUCCCACCUAAAUUGAAAGAUCCCGGUAGUUUCACUAUUCCAUGCACUAUUGGUAAAAGGACUAUAUUUUCAGUGGAUUUCUACGUUUUAGACAUGAGUGAUGUGAAUUCAUCCUCGUUUACACCUUUACUGUUGGGUAGACCAUUUUUGAGUACCGAUAGAAUGAAGAUUGAUGUCCACAAUGGCACCUUGUCUAUGGAGUUUGAUGAAGAAGUCAUACACUUCAACAUCUUUGGGGUGAGGAAACACUUGCAGGAAAUGGGUUUGCUGUCAUGUUUGCAUUAUAAGGAAGAAGUUGCAGCUGAAGUUGCAUUGAUGAGUAACUGCAUGAAGGUUCAGUGUGUUUCCAUGGAUGAGAUUGAAGUGAUUCUGGUGGUGCUGCUGAAGUGCCUAGAUAAGCAACUGCAGUCGAGGGCUGAAGCUGUUGGUGGUGCUUGCUGCUAUGGAGGUUAUCAUGAAGUUAUGAAUUAUUGCAGAAUGCAGUGGAUGGGUUGUUUGUAUGAAUGA